GGACGGUGUUAAAGGAAAAAAGGAAGGGGGGUAAACUGAGAGUGAAGCAAGCCGGGGGAGGGAGACCUGGAGUCGGUCUGCUGCUGCUGCUGUGACCCGGUGAGAAAGCAUCAACAUGGAGCUGGAGAACAUUGUGGCAAACACGGUUCUGCUGAAAGCAAGGGAAGGGGGCGGUGGAAACAGAAAAGGAAAGAGUAAGAAAUGGAAGCAAAUGCUACAGUUCCCCCACGUGAGCAUGUGUGAAGAGCUGCGACAAACCACAGAGAAGGACUACAGCAGCCUUUGCGAGCGGCAGCCAAUCGGACGUUUACUCUUCAGACAGUUCUGUGAGACUCGCCCCGAGCUGAGACGCUGCGUUAAGUUCCUGGACGCCGUGGCGGAGUACGAGGUGACUCCAGAUGAGAAGAGGAAGGAGUGCGGUCAGGAACUCGUCGACAAAUACUUCAACCCAACGUCAGAGGACCAUGUGCCAGAAGUGGAGCCAGGUAUGAUGGCUCCGUGCGCUGAGAGGUUGGAGCUGGAGGCCUGCAAAGAGAUCUUCAAGGACUGUACCAAAUUGAUCCACGACUACUUGAGCGUGGCGCCGUUCGCAGACUACCUCGACAGCAUGUACUACAACCGGUUCCUUCAGUGGAAAUGGCUGGAGAGGCAACCAGUGACGAAAAAUACAUUCCGACAGUAUCGAGUUUUAGGGAAAGGAGGUUUUGGAGAGGUGUGUGCGUGUCAGGUGCGGGCCACGGGGAAGAUGUACGCCUGUAAGAAGCUGGAGAAGAAGAGGAUAAAGAAGAGGAAAGGAGAAUCCAUGGCGCUCAACGAGAAGCAGAUUCUGGAGAAAGUCAACAGCAGAUUUGUAGUGAGUUUAGCGUACGCCUACGAGACGAAGGACGCCCUGUGCCUCGUGUUGACCCUCAUGAACGGAGGAGACCUGAAGUUUCACAUCUACCACAUGGGGGAGGCGGGCUUCGACGAGAAGAGGGCCGUCUUCUACUCAGCGGAGAUCUGCUGCGGUCUGGAGGAUCUGCACCGAGAACGCAUCGUCUACAGAGACCUGAAACCUGAGAACAUCCUGCUGGACGACCACGGUCACAUCAGAAUAUCAGAUCUGGGUUUAGCGGUUCAUGUACCAGACGGACAAACCAUUAAAGGCCGUGUGGGGACGGUGGGAUACAUGGCUCCGGAGGUGGUGAAAAACGAGCGCUACACCUUCAGCCCCGACUGGUGGGCGCUGGGCUGCCUGCUGUACGAGAUGAUCGAGGGUCAGUCGCCUUUCCAGCAGAGGAAGAAGAAGAUCAAGAGGGAGGAAGUGGAGCGGCUGGUGAGGGAAGUGGAGGAGGAAUAUUCCAACGAGUUCUCCGAGGACGCCAAAUCCCUCUGUAAAAUGCUGCUGGCCAAAGAUCCUGCAGAGAGGCUGGGCUGUCAGGGAGGUGGAGCCACCGAGGUCAAAGGUCAUCCCAUCUUCCGCUGUAUUAACUUCAAACGGCUGGAGGCUGGCAUGCUGGAGGCGCCGUUCAUCCCUGAUCCCCAGGCCAUCUACUGUAAAGACGUGCUGGACAUCGAGCAGUUCUCCACUGUGAAAGGAGUGGAGCUGGAGCCCAAAGACGAGUCUUUCUACAGCAAAGUGUCCACAGGCAGCGUCUCCAUUCCCUGGCAGAACGAGAUGAUCGAGACGGAGUGUUUCAACGAUCUGAAUGUUUUCCACCCGGACGGGACGGUUCCUCCUGACCUGGACUGGAGAGGUCAGCCGUCUCCUCCACCCAAACAAGGACUCCUGCAGCGGCUGUUCGGCAGACAGGACUGCUGUGGUAACUGCAGCGACAGCGACGAGGAGCCCACCAGGCUGUGACACACACACACACACACACACACACACACGCAGGAUUUCAUUUGUUUACAACUUUUGCACAUUUGUAUUUUUAAGAUCGUAUCUCUAAAUGUCAGAAUGUAUAUUUUCAGCAUAGCCAUAAUGUUUUAAUGUUAUUUAAGAAAAAAAAAGAAAAAGUGUGAAACGUCUGUUGCCGACGGCGAUGGACUAAA